AAAUGUCUAUAAACAUUUGUGAUGAAGACGUAGCUCAAGUUUCUAUGUUGUGUCCUGAUGCAGAUGAAGAAUAUAUAAGACAUAACCUUUCGAUCACAGGAGACGUCAAUACCACAAUAAAUAGUAUUUUGGAUGGAAAUGUAAACAUGGUAAACAGACUCCAGAACACUGAUUUUGAUUAUGAUGAGGAGCUUCCACAAUUAUCAUUGAAACCAUGUAAACAGCCUAAAAACAUUACUCUUGUCCUUGAUUCUAAUGAACCAGGUUUUGUUUCAUCCAUUUACCAGGGAAAAGAUUUUAGUAAACAAGCCAGGAAAAUUCCAUACAGUAAAAAUGACUUUCUGUCAGAUAGUUCUGACAAUGAUGUUGAAAUGGUUGAGACUUUGUCAUUGAAAGAACGCUUGCUUGGGAAGCAAUCAACAUCUACUUAUAAAGAAUUUACUAGUAAUUUAAUUGGAACAAGUAUAAAAUAUGAUCAGCAAAAAGAAAAUUUAAAAAAUAUGCAUUCAGAAAAUGUAAUUGAAAUUAUUGAAUGUUGUGAUAUGGAUGAUGAAUUAAGCAACGAAAUUUUUUGCAAUAACAGUGAUCAGGACUAUAGUCAAACCUCUAGUACUUUAAAUACAAUUGAAUGUGUAAACAAAAACAAAUCUUUAGACCUAAAUCUACCUGGGUUAGAGAAAUCUGACAAACCAAUCAAGCGAAAAAGAACUACAGAAGAAAUUGAGGACAGAAAGAGGCAAGCUCAGUUGAAAAAAGAAUUUGCUGAACAGAGGAAAUUAGAAAGGGAGAAAGCCCAGCUUGAAAAGAAAAAGAAUGUUCAAAUUAGAAAAAUACAAGGAGAAAGAAAAAAACAAAUGGGGGCUUGGAAUCAAUCAUUAGAGUUUAUGAAAAUUGUUUUAGAUCCACACAUUAUAAAUGAAUGUGGAUUAGGAGCAGCCAUCUUUAAAGUGGGAGAAGAAUUAAAGGUACCUUGUGUUACAGAGGAACAAGGAUUUCCAUUUACUAUAUCAUGGAAGAGAAUGAUAACAGAAUGGAUAGAAAAUGGUACUCAGGUGGAAACUGUGAAAAGAGAAGUAACAGAAGAUGAAGCAUUAAUCAUUUUACCUGUCUCAGACUUUGUUCAAAUGGUAGAAAAUUCAAAACAGGGUGGAGGUGAUGGAAAGACAACUUUACGACAGUAUAUACAGAUUGUACAAGAGAGGCAACCAAGAAUCUCCAUCACACCUACUGUCAUUGGUUUGGAAAAAUAUUUCCGAGAUUUGAAGACCAUUAAGCAAAGACAACACAGAGAAGCUGUUCUAGCCACUGGAGAAAGUUCACAAACAAAGAAGAAGAAAAACAAUAUCAAUAUUAUUGUAACACGUAUUGAUGUUGAAGAGGCUUGUGCUGAGGUCCAGCUUCAGACAGGUUGUGUGGUACAGAUGUUGGAGACUACAGAAGAAUUAACAGACCUUAUCAAGACUUAUACUAAAGCUGUAGCAGAAAAACCUGCAAAGAAAGAUAGACUUAACUCCAUAUUUUCCUUUCAUGAAGAUGGGUCCACUGGUGUCAAGGUAGAUAAAUCUGGUCAAGGUUUACUGAAGGUCUGGAAGCAGCAGCUUCUGCAAUUCAAAAAUGUUAGUCCUGAUAUGGCAGAGGCUAUUAUUGCUGAAUACCCAUCUCCACAAUUGCUUAUGAAGGCUUACUCUAUGUGUUCUUCACAAGAAGAGGGAGUUAAAGUCUUAGAUAAUAUUGUGGUGAGGAGAGGAGCAGGAGUACUAGAAACCAGUAGACGUAUUGGAAAGGAGAUGUCUAGAAGAUUUUAUUUGUUUUUCACUAAUAUCGAUCCAAGCUGUGCCAUCAAAUAACAAUUAUAACAAUCAAUUUUUUAAAGUGCCAAAUAAAUAUGA